CAAGCGUCUCUCAUGUCAGGUGACCUCAUUAUCUCUGGAGACUGCGGCGGCACCAACACGCGGCUGACGCUAUGGCUCAUCCCCAGGGGCUCUGUUGCCUUCACCGGCUCCGUCGCCCCCGGUGAGAUCACGUUCGCCAGGAAGUACCACAACGAGAAUUACGGGAGCUUCUCAGAGGUCUGCCACCUCUUCAUGAAGGAGGCCAGGAUGCGAGAGAGACUCCCCGUGGCUUGCGUUCUGGCCUGCGCCGGUCCGAUCCUAAACAACACCGUCGAAUUUACCAACAUCAAAGAUGGCUGGAAAAUCGACGGUCCUGGUUUGGAAAAAGAGCUUGGGAUCACCACAGUGAAGCUCAUCAACGACUUUGCUGCAAUGGGGUACGGGCUCCUCACUCUGAAGCCCCAUGAGUACAUUGUACUCAAUGAGGCUGAGAAGGAAGAAGGGAUGCCUAUAGCCACAAUUGGAGCAGGGACGGGUCUGGGGGAGUGCUAUCUCACCGCCGAUAAACACGGCGAGUACUCGUGCUACGCCUGUGAAGGAGGCCACACAGAUUUCGCCCCCGCCGACGAGAUAGAAAUCGAGCUAUACAAUUCCAUUAAAGAGGAACUGGGCUGCAGCCGACGUUUCUCGGUCGAGCGCAUUGUCAGUGGCCCUGGAUUGGCCACAAUUUACAAGUUUCUGGCCAAGAAAUUUCCCGACAAAGUGGACAAGAAGGUGCACGACGCCUUCGUGCGCGCCAAGUCGCUUCAAGGGAAGAUUGUGGGCGACAAUGCCAAGACGAACGAGCUAUGUAACCAAGCCAUGGAGAUCUUCGUCGAUGCUUAUGGACGCGAAGCUGGAUGUGCCAUGCUGAAAUAUCUACCUCGUGGUGGAUUUUACAUCACCGGCGGCUUAGCACCCAAGAACUUGGACUAUUUCACCCAGAGGGACAUUUUCCUUAAGGCGUGUUUUAACAAGGGACGGGUGAGUCCGGCGCUGAAGGCCAUCCCGAUCUACCUCGUACUUACGGAAGAUCUGGGCGAACGAGGCGCGCACUACUACGCGUAUCAGCUGCUGCAGACGUACAACAACAGCUUGCUGGGCAACAUCGUCCAACGUGAACGUGUGCAGCGCAAGUUUGCCACGAUGGACCACUUGGCGCUGUACUCGACCGUCGGAGCUGUGGGUGUGGCUGCGGGUGUUGUUCUCGGGAAUUUACUGCGAAAGUAA